AUUCCAUGGUUACCAAUGAAAUUCCAAUGGAGGGCCAAGGAGGAAGUUGGAGCAUGGAAGUCGUAGGAACAAUUCCAACGGACCAAAAUAACAAUGCGGAAAUCGAGUCUCUUAAUCAACGAAUUCUGGUGCUGGAAGGGGAAAAGAAAAGUUUCAAUAAUAUGUAUCAAAAAACGGUCACGGAUUACGAACUAUCGAAAACAAAAAUGAUGCAAGAAUACGAGACAAAGAUCGGGCAACUCAAAAUCGAGCGUGAUAACUGGCAAAAAAAGUACAACGAGUCUCAAAGAGAAGUGCAAAGACUUAAGCAAAAAAUGUCCGCCAUGGAAAUAGAAAAUCUUCGUAUGAUUGAAGACUUGAAGAGGGAGCUUUCAAACAAAUGCAAGGUGGAGAAGGCUGAAAUGGAAACCAGGUUUUCCACUGAAAAAGAUGAAAUGCAAGAUAACUUUGAAGAACAAAUACAGAUGCUUCGAGCAGAAAACGAGGGACUGCUGCAGACGCAUCAGAAGAGCACGAAAGAGUAUGAGAUGAAGAUUGUACAAAUUCAGCAGGAGUAUGAGGUGAAACUAGGACAGCUUAAACUCGACAUAGAAAAACUUGCGAAGAAGAAUACCAACCUCAGCACACAAGUGACCACAUGGCGCGAAAAAUGUUCAUCUCUUGAGAAACAAUACGAAGAAAUGUUAGCAAACCUGAGGAUCGAGUUGACAGAAAAAUGCCAAGUUGAAAAGGGUGAGAUGGAAGCUGCCUUCACUAAAGAGAAAGAAUCCAUGAUGGAAAUUCACCAAAAAGCCCUGGAUGAAUACGAAGCGAAAAUAACUUCAAUCUCUGAACAAUACGAGGAACAGUUAGCGCAGCUCAAAGCGCAGAAGCAAAAAUUUGAAACAAGCUACAAUGGUUCUUUGGAGGAAAUUAGAGAGCUGAAGAAAAAAUUGAACGAGUUAGAGGAAAGCUACGAGCUACAGAUGAAGGAGCUCCAAGAUAAGCUAAAGAUGGAAUACCUACAGAAAGAAAAUGCCAUGGAAAGUGAAUUUGAUACAGACAAGCAAGACCUGAUAAACAAGUACAAGAAACUUGUACAACAUGGUGAGAUGAAAAUACAGGAAAUUCGAAAAGAAAACAAAGUGAUUGUUUCGAAGCUGGAGGUAGAGAAAAUACAGCUAAUAGAGAAACAUGCCGCUGAAAUUCAGACAUGGCAGGAAAAGGUUAACUCCCUUGAACAGAAGUACAAAGACCAAAUGAAAGCUAUGGAGCAGGAGCUGCGUGAAAAGUAUGAAAAGGAAAAGACUGAAUUUGAAGACAACUUCUUGAAAGAGAAAGAAGAAGUGAUUGAAAGCCAUAAGACCACGAUUCAGAGUUAUGAAACAAAAUUGACAAGCACUCAACAAGAAUAUGAAGUGAAGAUCGCUCAAAUGGAAAAAGAGAUAGAAAGGCUCGAAGAGACCAACAAGAAGAACAUGGAAAAAAUGGAGCAAGAAAUUUUACUUUUGAAACAGGGUCACGAGAAACAGCUUAAAGAGGUCAAAGAUGAGAUGACAGAAAAAUGCAAUAAGGAAAAAAGUGAAAUGGAGGAGAAAUUUUUCAAAGAGAAAAACAGUUUGGAAGAGUCCCACAAGACUGUAGUAACAGAGUAUGAAGAAAAGAUAACUAGUCUCCAAGAAGAAUUUGAUGCAAAAAGCGAUGAGAUGGAAAAUGAACUGAGGAGCCUAAAGGAGUCACAUCAAAAAGUUCUUGAGGCACUAAGACAAGAAAUAUCUGAGUUGGAGAGGAAGCAUAAAUUAAAUACCAAGGAGCUUAAGGAGGAAAUGACGGCUAAGUUCGAAAAGGAAAAGGAAGAAUUAGAGUCAAGAUUUUUAAAGCAGAUAGAGGAGCUAAAGGUGUCCAAUGCAAACACAGUUAAAUCGUAUGAAGAACAAAUAACUGGAAUCAAAGAAAAGUACGAGAAGAAAUUGACAGAUUUAGAGGCUGCCAUGAAUAGUCUCGAACAGAAGUAUAAAGAAAAGAUUCAAGGGCUGAGAGAGGAAUUGUCAAGUAGCGUGGAAAAGUAUGAACAGCUUGUUAAAGAAACGAAGAAAGAACUUCGACAAAAAUAUGAGAAGGAAAAAGACGAGAUGGAUAAGGAAUAUGCUGAUGAGAAAUCCAAGCUAACAGAAAGUCACGAACAAACUGUGGCUGAUUACGAAAAGAAGAUAGCCGAUAUGCAAGAGGAGAUGGCUUUAAAGUUAGAAAAACUAAAAGAGGAAAAAGUGUCCUUGAACGAAGCUCACAGCCAAAAGGAAGAUGAAUUGACUAAAAAAUGUGCGACAAUAGAAGAGACUUACAAAUUAAAAAUCAAAGAAAUUAAAACUUCUCUAAAAGAGAAAUGUGAAACGGAGAAGAGCGAGCUUGAGGCAAACUUUGACCAAGAAAAGCAACAGCUCAUCGAGAGACAGAGUGAGAUUGUUAAAAAGUACGAGGUUAAGAUAACAGAUCUGCUGCAAGAUUUUGAGAAAAGAAAUUCUCGUUUUACAGCCGAAAAAGAGAAACUCGAAUCGCAGAAAAAGAAACUACAGACACAGCUGGACAAACUCCGCAAAGAAAUGUUAAAAUUAAGAGAGCAGUACGAAACGACUCUGAAAACUACAAAGGAGGAAAUGGCUGACAAGAUGAAAAGAGAGAAUGCAGAAUUGGGAAAGCAAUUAAAAAAGGAAAUGGACAUUUUGAAGACACAACAUGCUAAGAAGUUACAGCAAACAAAAACCGAGAAAGAGUCUAUAAUAUCUAAAUUAGAGCAAACAGUAAGAGAUCUGGAGACCAAAAUAAAGGACUUGCAAAACCAGUAUGAUCAGAAGACAGCUGAGCAAACGAGAGAAAACGACAGAUUAGCAGAGAAGUGCCAGAAUCUAGACAGAAAGAUUACAGAGGAGAACACCAGGCAUAGAACAGAGACAGCCGAACUAAAAGAAGAAAUAAAGAAACGUGAGAAGUGGAUGGAAGAAAGCAAGAACAGAAGUGAAGAAGAGGUAGAUAAAAUGAAGGAAAUUAUUGCGCAAAUGAAGGGGGACCUGGAUCUUAAAAGCGUUCAUGUGGCAACAAUGGAGAAGGAGCUAGAUCGAGUUCAAAACAAUCUUAGGGAAAGUCAAGAUGAGUUUACCUUACAGACAGCUUCAUUUAAAAAAAAAAUUAGCGGGUUAGAAAGUGAAAAGAGGGGUUUGUUGAGCCGUAUACAAAGUCUUGAAGUUUCAAAGAGAGACACAAUAGCUAAUUAUGAUGAAAGAAUCGUUAGAGAACGGAAAGAAAUUGAAUUGAGAUACAUGUCACAGGUAUCAAAGCUACAGGAUUCACUCACCAAAGAGACCCAGGAGAAAGACAAGCUUAACCAAGAAAUCCAGGAGCUUCUGAGGGAAGUGACAAACUGGAAGACAAAAUACAGCAAUGCAGAGGAAGAAUACAACAACAACAUGGAAGAUUUGAAGAGCAGUCAUGAAAAGGACAUUCAUGACCACAAAAGCGGAUAUGAAGAUGACUUAGCCCAUGUGAAUAAGCAAUUGGAGGGAAAGGAUUUAGCCGUUGCGACGCUGGAAAAAGGAAAGCAAGAGCUUACUAUGGUGGUAAACGAGCUAACUAUCACAGUAGCAAGACUUGAGGAGGAAGCUUCCAGGCAAAACCUUGAAUGGGAGAAAGAUACCCUCGCAAUGAAAAACAAAAUUGAGAUGCUUGAAGAUGAAAACAGAAAAUUAAACAAUGAAUCGGAACGAUUACGCUUGAAAUUAGAAGAUGCUGAAAGACUUCUCAGCGAAACUGAAGAGCAAAAUGAAGCAACCAUAAAAGACCUUAAUACGAAGAUUGAAGAAUACGAGACAAAGAUAAAAGCGUCUUUGGAGGUUGAGACAGCAAAUCGUGAGAUGCUUAACGAACUAUCUCGCCUACGAUCUCAACUUGAGAGUAAGACAGCCAAGGAAAGCAAACUGAACCAGGAGAAUGGCGCCUUAAUAUUAAAAAUAACAGAGUUGGAGUACCUUAAUAGAAGAAUUACCGAAGAUCUAGCAACAAUGGCUAAAAAAUGUUCAGAUUCAGAGGAAGAAUAUAAAGUGGAGUUUGAGCAGUUGAAAGAAAGGCACGAAAUGGAGAGAGAAAAAUACAUCAGUGAAAAAGAUAGGGCAACAGUUGAAGUGCACAGAUUACAAAAGAUCAUGAGUGAGCUAGAGAGUACAAUCAGACGCUUAAAGGACUCGGCCGAGUCAGCUAAUGAGGAGAAAAAGAGAAACGAAGAUCGUUUUAGCAUUGAAUUUCACGGUUUACUAGAAAAAUACGAAAGUGAAAGGAAGAGGGCCGAGACGUUGAGGGAGGAACUCCAGCAGAAGACACACACUUUUGAGGAAAAGAACAGAGAGUCCAAACGAAAAAUGGAAGAAGCCAGCUAUAGACAUCGAGAUGAAAAAGAAAAACUCUUAAAAGAAAAGAAAACUUUAGAGGAGAGUUAUGAGAAGCAGCUAAAGGAUCUGAAAGAAGAAACAACCAGCGAGAGGGAGAUUUGUGAAAGGAAACUAAGUCAACUUGAGCAAACAUACAAGCACGAGAUCAAUACGGUUCGUUAUGAACGCGAGCAGUACUUUAGAGAAGUAAGCAGUAAGGAAAUAGAGAAGACCCGUAAGGAACUGGAAAAGGAGAAGAAUGACCUGCAGCACGAAUUCCUAGCAGAAAAGAAACAACUAAUUGAAGACUAUAAUAAGAGGAUUCAAGACGAGAACAGGAGGUUUACUCAGGGCGAAGAGAAGUAUAAAUCUGAAGUAGAAACGCUCACAAGGGCCAAGUUGGAGAUGGAGAGGAAGAUAUACGAUCUGGAGAGGACGAUUGAAAGGACCAAAGAACAACUGACGUACCGCUUCACCGAAGAACGUCGUAAGAUAGAGUACAAGCUAGAAAUGGAGUUGAGGGAAGCCAGGGAAAAACACAGAAUAGAACUCAUAGAACGUUCGCAAACCGAUAUGCUGGAUAUGGAAGCCAAAUUUAAAACUGAGAGGGAAGAAUUUGAAGAGAAAAUCCGUCUUGACUACCAAGCUAAAAUAACAAAAGAAGUAUCAACUCGGGAAAAGCAACAGCAGGAUUCUUUCCAGAAACUAGAGGCUGAAUUUCGUGCAGAGAAGGAACGAUUGCUGGAGGCGGAAAGAAAAUUGAGGAUGCAAAACGAACUGUUGUUAAGGGAAAAGGAAUCCUGGCUUCAGCAAAGUCAGAGGGACAAAGAUGAAAUGUCCGGAAAAUUGGAACAUGAAAAAGAAUUGCUAAAUGUUACCUUGGAGGCUAUGUCUAGGGAGCUUUCCAAGAUGAGAGAGGAAAAGAAUUGUCUUUCCGAAUCCUUCAAGAAAGAAAAACGAGAGCUAGAGAAGAAGUAUGAAACAGAAAUGACAGAGUGGAGAAACAAGGUCGAUAAGGGAAAGCAAGAAAUGGUGACCCGACUCCGAGAAGAGAACAGACAGGCAGUUCAAGCUAACCAAAGAUCGGCAGACGCAACUAUAGCUGUGCUCAAAGAAAAAUUAGCCAAAGCAGAAAGGAAGAUCGUGGAAGCAGAGGAAAGCUUUAAGAAGGAGAAGAGUAAGUUGGAACAUCAAUUUGAGCACGAGAAAAUGGAAAUAGAGCAACGAACUCAAAGGAUCACACAGGAAUUGAAGGUCUUCCUGGAACAAGAGUUUUACAAAAGAUCACAAGACGAAAGGAAGAUUUAUGAGAACACCUUGUCAAACCUACGAAGCGAAAUACUAGAACUUCAGGAAGGCAAGAGUAGACUAGAACGAGCUUUACUGGAACAGCAGAUGAUCGCGCAUAGCCUCGGGAGAGACGUCAGUUCACUGAGGAGUGAGACGCAGCUGUCAAGUCCUAGACAACGGGAACUAAGUCUCCUAGAGCGAGAACUUCAAGAGUUACGACACAAAAACGAAAAGUUGAAAAUUGCAACGAAAGAAGCUCAGUUUUAUAACAAUGAGCUUGUACAGUGGGAGAGUGGAAAGAAUUGUCCAGUUUUGAAAACUGCUCAAGAAAUGACGACCACGGCCUCGUCAGCCUUACAGUUUCCCAUGGUUUACAGUGGAGAACGAAGGUCAUCGAAGGUCUCUAACGAAGGCACAGCCCGAAUCCUUGAGCAAAGAGGCCAAACGUUUCAAUCAAACAACGGUCGUCUCGAAAAAGAAUUGGAGAAACUGGGAGAAAAGCUAGGGGAUUUAGAGGAAAGAAAAGCUGAUCUCAUGCCAGAGGUUGAAGAUGUCACAGCUAAUUCAGGAGAAAAUUCCGAAGUAACAAAUACAGCGCGAUUUUACAGUGGCAGCACUACCUACAUGGCCAGCAAUUCUACGCCUGGACCUAAUUACUAUUAGAUAAGAAGAGUAGAGCACAUGUUAGGUCAAAAAUAGGUUUAGAAGGUCGCGUCGAAUUGUACGGUUUUUUCUUUCAGACGAUUUUGUCUUUUGGAGGGGGAAAUCUUUUAACCUUAUCAGUUUUAGUCUCACAAUAGAUCAGACUUCGUAGAUGUUUCAAGGAAACAUACACUAUCUAUUAUUGCUUUAUAUGCAGUAGGUAUCAAUUUGAAGCAAAUUACCGAGUGAAACGUCAAUUAGAGAGUUAAUAGAAAUCCUCGAUUUUAAUUUGGAGGGUUUCGCUCUUUAAAGAUUUAAACACUUGUUCUAAAGCAAGACUUUUCCACACAGGAAAUUAACUUGGCAUCGUCGAGGUGCGAUAAAUACUGUGUAUGGGUUUAAGAGCCGAACAAAAUGCGUCAGUUAGAGCUUUAAAACUGAGAAGACUAAGGUAACGAAAUUUUACUGAGUUGUUACAAUUGUCAAUUAUUCUAAGAAUUGGAAAUUUUCCAUUUUGUUUCAUCGCGAUUUUAAUAUUUGCGAUAUCUAUCAUUUUAGAUUAACGAGAGUUAAGCCACGAUAGGUUUUGGGUAUUGUUUAUUGUAUUUUCUUCCAGUGCACUUGUCUUUUUUGAGAAUUGGCUUUGAUGUACUUGAAGCUGUUUAUAAAAUGUACUGGUAGUUUACUGGGGGUGGAUGGAUAAUAAUGGUAAUUGGUAUAAAAAGCUUUCGGGACUACGCACGAUACUUCUCCUUUCAACUCUGUAGUCUUUAAUAAAUCAUAAUCAAUUGAUGAGUAACCUAACUUUUAUUUCGCUAGAAAUAUUUUCAUUAACACAGCUCUUUAGGUGGCUGAAUGUUACCGGUCUAUAAAGUUUACCAGUAAUUUGAGGGUGUAAGAAAAUUAGUGGAAACUGGUGUGUAAGCCAUAAAAUACUAUUGACUCUAGGAUGUUUUUCUUUCGGUAUUUGGUGUUCUAAAAUUAAUCAUAUCGACUUUAUUUCGCUAGAAACACUUUCAUUUAUAUAGCUCUUUAAGUAGCUCAACAGUAUCGUUUUCUUUUCUGGGAGAAAUAGAAAUGGUCAACUAAUUUCUGUGAAAUACGUAAGUUACGAAAAAAAACAAGUCCGCUACAUUAUGUACUUUUUCGAUCGAGGACAUUUCACUAUCAAAAGUGAAGGGAUUUUUUUCUUUGUCGGGGGCUAUUGAUUAAUUUUACGUAAUAAAAGCACUUUCUUUGUG